AUGACCACUGGCGUCCACGCUUCCGCCGUCGCUCCCUUCGACAUCGCCGGCUUGCAGAACCUCGGCAUCCCCGCCUUGCCGGCUGAUCGCGAAGCCCUGCGCCUCCACCUGCUGGACGCCAUCGCGCGCAUUCGCCCCGUCCUGGAAGCCGACGCCGAGGCCAACGACGCUGCGGAGACUCUGGCGUGGUCAUCCGUUGUCGCCCUGUACCGUGAGGGUCUGCUGUCCCUCAAGGUCCCUCGCGAGCUGAGCGGCCCCGAGGUCGAUCCGCACCUCUACCUUGAGCUCUGCGACGAGCUGUCCUACAUCAAUCCGUCGGCCGGUUGGUGCGCGUUCAUCAACAGCACCAGCGCCGCGUUGCUCGGAGCGUUCCUGCCCGACGCCGGCGCCCGACGCGUUUUCCCCGACGGCAGUAUGCCCAUCGCCUCCGGUGCGCUGAUCCCUCGCGGACAGGCAACCCCGGUGGAUGGCGGUUGGCGGGUGACCGGGCAAUGGCCCUUCGCCAGCGGUUCGGCCCAUUCCUCCUGGCUGUUGGCCGGCUUCCGCAUCAUCCGAGACGGCCAACCCGGGCCGGAGCACAUGGUGAUGGCCGCUUCCAUUCACGACGUUCAGUUCCUGGACAACUGGCAGGUCAUGGGCCUCAAGGGCACCGGCAGUCGCGAUUUCGUGGUUGACGAUUAUUUCGUGCCUUCGGACAUGGCCUUCGACCUGCUCACCAGCGACCCACGAAAGGGCGGGCCGCAGUUCUGGCUGGGCCGGCCCGGUUUCGUCACCCCGGACCACGCCGCCUUCGCCCUGGGCGUCGCCCGCCGCGCCCUGGAUGAGAUCGCCCUGCAGGCCGGAUCCUACCGCCGCGGCUACCUGACCUCAACCAUCUCCCAGCGCGGCUCGCUGCAUCGCGACCUUGGUCGUUGCGACCAGCAGCUCCGCGCCGUCCGCGCCCUGUGCCGCGAGGUCCUGGACGAAGCCUGGCAGUUCUGCCUGCGCGGAGAACGCCCCGACCUGGAACGCCAGCUCCGCCUCCGCGGCGCCUGCGCCUACGCCACCGACGUCGCCUGCGAGAUCGCGACCACCGCCUUCCGCUACGGCGGCGGCAGCGCCAUCUACAACGACCGCGUGCUGCAACGCUGCAUGCGCGACAUCAACGCUGCCGCCCAGCACUUCAUGGUCAACACCAGCGCCUACGACAACCUCGGCCAGUUCCGCCUCGGCCUCCCCAACGUCAACCCCAUGGGGUAG